AUGUGUCCAUACCUCCCGUACAUCCCAUCUAGCAUACACCAUCUUGUUAGAGCUUGGUUUAACCCCGAUGGGGAUGGUCAUUGUGGGUUUCGAGCAAUCUCACACAUUAUUCAUGGGGACGAGGGUUACUACUUAGAGAUGAGGCAAGCUGUUAUUGGAGAGAUUACUAGUCGAUGGGAUUCUAUAUAUAGUAGACAUUACGAUGGGACACUAGAGCAAGUAAUUCAUAGGUUGGAUCAAAGGAAUUCGGGAUGGUGUGGCAACGAGUAUUGGUUUGAGGAGGUGGAUCUACUAGCAUUCGCGACAAUGCACAAUUGUGUCUUUUCAGUCUUCGGGCGGGCAAAUGAUGGGACAUAUGGGUAUAGUGCAUUACCCGUGACAGCGCCACCAGGGAUAACGUCUCCAGUUCAUGUUUAUGCCCUCGUUCAUACUGGAGUACAUUGGGUUCGACUUCAACUUGCAGACGUCAGAGGUGUUACACCGAUGCCUCCAUUUAGUUUUCAGUGGUCUCAUCUUCGCGAUAUGGCAACUGUUGGUACUUGGUCAUUGUUGUACCAAGAGGAAAGAAGGUUGUUUUUCGCUCUUGGUGGACAUCAUCAAAGUAGACAAGACAAGGGUGAGCCGAAGCAUGUAGUACUUGAGUAG